CAAAACCGAACCCGAAUCUGCUUUUUUAAUUUUCCUUAAUUUUUGUAUUGAUUUCAUUACAAAACUCCCGAAAAAUCAUGACUAAUCGCAAGCUGGCACUGCCGUGUGUCGCGUAAUCAUCGACGUUCGUGAAAAAAGUACGUAAAUUCGCGUCAAAAGCAAGCAUCGACGAAACUCAUGUGAAGAAGACGCGAACCGCAUUCUAGAACGAGAGCGAUAACGGAAGUCAAGUCAGAAUUAAUGUUUAAAUUAAAAUUGAAUAAAAAAAGGGAAAAUUACACAGAAAUAUAUAGCUGCGCCGUAGUCAGUGCUGUUGUUUGUGGAUAAAUAAAUAAAUAAAUAAAAAAUUGAGGCACGGACAGAACGAGAUAAGAUUUCGAAAAAAUAUAAGAAAAGAGAAAAAAGUUAAACAAAAGAAACUCUCGAUAAAUAUUGUUAUCAAAACUAAAAUUGUUCAUUGUUAUGUACUUUUACCAUAUCUACAACAACAACAACCACAAAUAAUAUUAAGGACAAACAAAACAACGCAACGUUUCAUGAAAAAGACACCAAAAUGACUGUGGAUUUUAAUGACUAUUUUUGGGGUGACAAAAACAAUGGCUACGAAGUGCUGUACCACAACAUGAAAUAUGGGCUCGUCGCCAGCAAGGAACUCGGCGAAUAUUUCCGCGAACGCAGCAAUUUGGAGGAACACAACUCAAAAGUCCUCUCGAAACUCGCACACAAAGCCGGCACAGGAUGUCCCAAUGGAACUUUUUCUCCGCUGUGGGUCGUAAUAAAAUCCUCGGCAGAACGCUUGUCCGAAUGCCACACGGAAACGAUGCAAAAACUCGCGGAAUUGGUAAAAACUGUCGUAAAAUACGCCGACGAGCUGCAUAAGAAGCACAAAGUUGUGAAAGAGGAGGAAUCGAGCACCCAAGAUGCCGUGCACGCGAUGAAGGAUUCGUCGAUUGCGGUGCAAAAAGCGAAAGAUACGUAUCAAGCGAGACUUGCGGAAACGGAGAAGCUAAAACGCGAAGGAUCGUCCGCGAAAGAGCUGGAAAAAGCGGAAACAAAGUUGAAAAAGACACAAGAAGAGUAUAAAGCCCUUGUGGAAAAGCAUAAUCCGAUAAAGGCAGAGUUUGAGAGACGCAUGACGGCGACAUGCAAACGCUUUCAGACGAUCGAGGAGACACAUUUGACAGAAAUGAAGGAAUUUGUCAAGACUUACUUUGAAAUUAUUCAGUAUAACUUGGAAAUGGUGCAAUCGACAUAUAGCGACUUUGAACGUCAAUUCACUGAGAUGACAGUCGAUAAGCUGCUCGAGCAAUUCGUUUUAAACAAGUACACGGGACUUGAAAAGCCAGAGAACAUUGAAGUUGAUUUGGUAAAUUUAUCGAGUGUUGAUGCCAGUUCGAGUGUUUCUAAGCAAUCCGCUGUGCCUGUCGCGCCCAUAAUUAAUCUCGAUGCGCCCGGAACGAAUACAAGUGUGCGUUCAAUCUCGCCCAAUUUGUCAAAUUUGACGCAUUUGUCGCAGCCGCCCAAGAAGGAAAGCAACAUUCGUAGCUGGUUCCAUUUGCCAAACACAAAAACGACGGGAAACACAUCGACGGGACGAUCAACGCCGGCUCCCGUUGUCGAUGCGAAACUCACAAGUAUUUAUGCGACAGAUGCCGCAAACGCUAGCACGAGUGACAAUGACGACAACUCACAAAUUUCUGGAUUCCUGCGAAGUCGACGUGACAAAGCCAAGUCAAAGAAGAACAAAAAAGGCAAAAAAGACGCUGAAACAAAUAGUACAAAAGAUGCCAAGUUAUCAGAUGGCGAGGACAAAGAAGAGCCAAGUAAAGCGGAAUCGAGUAAUACUCCCGUGUCGAAGCACGUUGCCAAUGUCUCGAAUUCAAAUUCUGUACCAACUGCCUCUCCCGAAAUCGAUGAAGACGGUUAUUGCAGGAAGCCUGAUGAUGUUUCGUGGCCUGCGUCGAACGAUACGUCGAAAAAAGAUAAAGAAUUUUAUUCGAGCUCCGAUAGUGAUAGCGAAGAAGAAGUUGAACGUAAGAUUCGUGUGGAAAUCAAGCCGUUAAAUAAUGGAACGGCUCCCAUAUCAGCGAGCGUGGAUGAACUGAGGGCAACUGUUGAACAAAUGUCCUUAUCGCCAUUGGGCGCGUUAUCGCAGCAUAGUCAACAAAGUCCUGUUCCAAGCAAUUCGUCGACGCCAACGGCGGGACAUCCAUAUGCUCCGUUACAAAGUCCCACAUUUUCGAUGUCAAAUAAUUCUUCAAGUCGUUAUGCGGACUUGGGAGAUCUUUUCUCCGAAAUUGGAGACAUCAGUAACUCUGCACCGGCAUCAGCAACAUUGAGUCGCGCUCCAAAUCAUCGAUCGACGCCAACUUCAGCGAAUUCGACGACUUCUAGCAUAGCAAUUCCGAGACCGCCAUCACGAAGAUCCGAAGCAGCAAUUCCUGUUCGUGGGCGUGUGUCUCCGGGCACAAUGAGUCGCGCUGAUAGUGUAGGUAGUUUAGAAUUCCGUACGGCAAGUAUUGUAGGAACGUCACGUGGACCGUCGCCGCUCACAAUUGGCAUGACAGACACGAUUCCGUUAGCUGUAGCAUUCCACGAGAUCAUUCACGCGUAUUUUAGAGGUAGCGAUGAAACACGAUGUCAGGUUAAGAUGUCGGGCGAUAUGAUGCUCUCAUUUCCCGCUGGCAUCGUAAAUAUUCUGGCAAAUAAUCCGAAUCCCGCGAAAUUGAUGUUUAAGCUGAAAAAUGUGCAGAAUCUCGAUACAAUAUUGCCGAAUACGCAAAUUGUGUCAAUAGACAAACUUCAAUCAAGUACCAUGUAUGCAACAAUCGAAUUCAACAUGCCAGCCUUAACUGCCUUGUUGCGACGUCAAUCAGAGCAAAAUCCAACCGCUUCCUACUUCAACGUCGACAUUCUGAAGUACCAAAUAAAGGCGAAGCCGGGCGCAACGUCGUGUCCCUUCCAACUGGUGUCCUAUUGGAAGUGCGAGACAACGCAUACAGAUCUGAAAAUCGAUUACAAGUACAAUAGUCAUGCCAUGGCAUCGCCAUCACCCCUGUUAAAUGUAUCCAUUAAUGUGCCAGUCGAUGGAGGUGUCAAAAAUGUGCAGUCAAAACCGCAUUCAGCAUGGUUGGGUGAAUCGAAUCGCCUCGUGUGGAAUUUCACCGAUAUCUCACAACAUUCGGACAAUAAUGGUAUUGAUACGUUACGUGCGCGUCUCGAAGUGGCAAAUGGACCCUCGAAUCCCGCAAUUUUGAGUACGCAAUUCAACUGCGAGGGCACAACGUUAUCGGGUAUUGAAUUUGAAUUAGUUGGAUCUGGCUAUCGAUUGUCGUUGGUGAAGAGAAGAUUCGUUUCUGGCAAAUACAUUUGCGAAGGCGACGGAAUCCGUUCGAUAAAAUCUCCCACACCAAAUAGUACAAUGAGCUCCCCGAGUCCCAACUCAAAGCCGCCAGGAUAAUCAUAAAAAUCGGUCGAAAAAUACCAAAAACGACGUUUCUGUUCAAAAAAUUCGCAUUUAAAAAACACAUUUUUAACUCAAACAAGAAUCACUCAAUAUUUACUUUUGGUACUAAAGUAUUUAUUUAUACCGAUUAUUUUUUCUACUAACGAAAAAUUCCAACCACACGAACAGGAGAUAGAUAAAAAAAAUAGUUUAAUCUCAAAAAUUGUUGAAAAUUUUGUAGAUGCUUAGCACGAAUUAAUUAACUUUAUUUAAAACUCACUUUAAAAAAAUUCAGCCAGAAGAGUAUUGUUUAAAAUCAGAAUAUUAAAAAAAAAUAAGAAUACUCACGACUUGCAAGACCUAAAAGUUGCCAAUAUGGCAAAAAAGCAACAAAUAAUUGUAAAUUGUAUAAAAAUCAAUUGUUAUUCUUCUUGUGGGAAAUGCAGAUCCAUUUAUGCAGUUCAAGAUGAAUUUGUUGGAGUAUAAAGAAGAGCAAGAGAACUAAUAAAUAUAACUAUAAAAUAUUAAUAAAAAUCAA